AUGAACUUCGAUUCCAAAUCUGUGGCUUCGAGCUCAACGGGGUCGGGCUCCAGCCGAAUGUACCAAAAGAAGGAUCGUGGCCCUAUCGCCGCCAUAGCAUGUUCGACUUGUCGUACUAGGAAGCAGAAAUGCGACGAACGCAAGCCAACCUGUGGCUUCUGCGAGAAGAAGGGGCUUGACUGCUUCUACGGAGACCCAGUACCAACGAAAAAAGACAAAAGCUUGGUUGAACUACUCGAAAUCGUGAAAAACAUAAACGACAACACUAGUCAAAUACCGCAACUGUUCGCCCAGCUUCAGAACAUGCAGAUCAGCGUUCCGUCUUCUUCGCAGUCUGAAGAUAGUGGCGACGACGCUUCAUCGACAAGUACUUUGAAGGCCCAAGGCCGGCCUACCCCGAAACCCUCACAGCAGGUCCCAUACCGAUAUGCGUCUGCAGUCACCAAGAUGAUGGCAUGGCCUGCAGUGAGACAGAAGCUAGAAGACGUCCGGCCCAAAAUCCCGAACCUCCAAUCCGCCUUCCGGGAACCCGACUUUCCGUCCGAGUUGUUCCAUCAGCAAGGCCAAGACCGGCGCCUUCCUCGAGGCGGAUUAGAAACAGCGAGCUAUCAUGAACGUAUAUCGCUGGGCUUUCCGAUGGAAGGGCCACUGCCAGGACUGACGGAGAUGAGCUACACAACGCUUGUAGACCGCGUCAACACGUAUUUCGAUACCUUUAAUCGGAUCCAUCCUGUUCUAGAUCGUCAAUAUUUCAUGGAGAAAAUACUACAGGACGUUAUCAGGAGCCAGUUCGAGGAAAAUGCGGCAUCUACGUUGGUGUGUCUAGUGUUGGCCCUUGCUGAGGUGGCUCUCGUCGGAGGAUCGGGCGGUGCCUUUGCGGCCUUCGAGGACCACCCUGUCGGUGAACCUGUCAGGACAACAAACGACUUGGAAUUUCGGCCGCCGGGCAUUCUGUUCUUCAACGAAGCACGGCGGCGCUUGGGAUUCUCAAUGACAGAGUGUGCUUUGGAGAAUGUCCAGAUGUAUAUCUUGGCGGGGCUGUACUAUGAGUGCUGUUCUAGGCAUGUGGAGUUCUGGAGAAUGAACAUAUCAGCGUCCCUGGCUUGCCGUGCGUUGAUUACCAGUAACUCUGCCGAACUUCGCUCAGUGCGCGGCGAUCAGAUCCGCCGCGCCUUUUGGUAUUGCUCCAUCAUGGAAACCGGUCUUCACCUGGAACUUGACCUCCCUUUAACCGGCCUCGAGAAGCUAGAGGCCAGCAUGCAACUACCAACAUUUUCGGCCUAUGCUCAUACCGAAGAUGCGAGUUUGAGUCAAAGUAUUCACAACGACAGGAGAUCUAAUUGUGGUGAGAUAUUCCUACACCAGAUUUCAUUGCGAAACCUGGGGGUCAAGAUCCACAAUAGCCUGAGAAGAAGAUCCACUUCGAGAUCAAACUGGAAUUCGCCUGAUCUAGCCGACUCUCUCGAAGAUCUAGUUGGUGAUUUGGCUUCGCAGCUCGACCAAUGGCACACUUCUUUGCCCAGCGUCUUGCAUUGGGACAGGACGCAGCAUUUGGAUGCAUUCCAAGCAUCCUUUCCUGUUCUCGAUCCCCAGGUUCCUGAUCAGCACUUUUACGCACCACCGACCUUGUAUACCGCCGACGCCAUGGAAGGGUUGCAGUCUGCUCCCAUGCUGGGGUAUCUACAUGAUCCACUCUACACCAACUCGAACGAUGUGCUCGAAGCUAUACUACGGUCCCGAUUCUACCAUCUCGAAUACUUACUAUUCCGACCUUUUGUGUACAAAGCGCUGCAUACACGAGCAGAAAACUUGACUGAGACAGACUUGUCCGCAACCAAGAGGUUUUUAGAGGCUUGCCUCCUCUGGCCCAUUAUCCUUCCGCCCGCCGCUCAGCACAAACGCAUGAUUCCUUGCCUCUACUUCUGGUCCCAAAACAUCCUCGGCAUACUCAUCUUCUUGCACCUAUCUGCGACGCAUCCCACUCUCUUCCAGAUUCGACAGAGCCGUUGCGACUCAACUUUCGACGAGGCAGCGAACAUGACGAUUACGCAGGGUAUCAAUUGGCUUCGGGGCCUCAAGGAUGAGGACAGCUCUACACGGUGGUGUUGGACCAUUGUUCAGGGCUUAUAUCCUGACAGACCCAUCAUGCAACAGUAG